AGGUACCGGGGUCGCCCGAACUAAUUUGAAAAUGACAAAGGCCUACGAAUUCAACUGGCAGGUCCCUGUACCUGAACCACUCCUGAAAGGAUGCGUCUUCGAUAUGUGGGAAGAGGACAAGGAGGAGAACAAUUACGAACCAGAAUCCCUCUUCCGAGUGGACGAUUUGGGAUUCUUCAUCUACUGGAAGAGUACUGGAAAUCAUGGCAGAGUUUUGGAACUGUCUCAUGUAAACGACAUCCGGCGAGGAGGCUUGCCCAAGGACAGCCGAUUUAUGACGGAGUUAAUGUCACGCAACAAAUACAACCUGGAUGACGUCUCUCUAACCAUCUGCAGCGGCACGGACAUGGUCAACAUCAACUACACUCACGUGGUCUGUCCAGAUCCUGAAACGGCAGAGCUAUGGCAAAAUGGAUUGCGUAAAAUAACCAAUAACAUCAAGGCCAAUAAUGUCUGUCCGGCCACAUGCCUCAAGAAACAUUGGAUGAAUUUGGGUUUUAUGGUAGAUCCAAACAACAAGAUACCUGUGAGAAGGCUCGCCCAGACGUUCGCUUCUGGUAAAACAGAAAAAAUGGUCUACCAGUGUUUGGCAGAUGUUGGCUUGCCCAGUGGAAAAAAUGAUUCAAUUGAACCUGCUGAUUUCACUGCGGAAAAAUUCUACGAGAUUUAUCUUAAAAUAUGUCCCAGGAACGAUAUAGAGGAACUGUUCCAGUCCAUAACGCAAGGAAAGGUUGAGACAAUCAGUAUUCAACAACUGGUAACUUUCUUGAAUGACCGCCAACGGGACCCUCGCCUCAAUGAAAUUCUGUACCCCUUAUACAACGAGAAGCGAGCAACCGAAAUACUCAAAGCUUACGAACCGAACGAAGAGUUCAGCAAAGAGAGCCGUAUGAGCAAGGACGGCUUUAUUCGCUACCUGAUGUCCGACGAGAACGCCCCCGUCUUCCUGGACAAGCUGGACAUCUACAUGGAGAUGGACCAGCCCCUGGCCCACUACUACAUCAACUCGUCGCAUAACACCUACCUCAGUGGCAGGCAGUUCGGAGGAAAGUCGUCCGUCGAGAUGUACAGGCAGGUGCUACUGGCAGGAUGCAGGUGCGUCGAACUGGAUUGCUGGGACGGAAAGGGCGAGGACGAAGAGCCUAUCAUCACCCACGGGAAGGCCAUGUGCACGGAUAUUCUUUUCAAGGAUGUUAUCUACGCCAUCAGAGACUGUGCCUUCGUUACCUCCGAUUAUCCCAUCAUCCUCUCCUUCGAAAACCACUGCUGCAAAAAACAACAAUACAAGUUGGCGAAGUAUUGCGACGACAUAUUCGGUGAUCUUCUACUGAAGGAACCUCUGCCUGGAUUCCCGUUGCACGAACCAGGGCAGCUUUUGCCGAGUCCUAAUGAUUUGAAAAGGAAGAUCCUGAUUAAAAACAAGAGAUUGAAGCCUGAAGUGGAAAAACGUGAACUGGAGUUGUUCAUGAGAGGUCAACUGGCUAACGAAGAGGAGGACGAAGAAGGAGAUGCAGGCAAUAACGCAAACGAGGCCGGAGGGGCUCAGACGCCAGGGGAAGUGUCCGAGGAACAGCUCGCCAUGGCCAAUUACCAACACACAGGGGCAACGACGCAUGUCCAUCCGUACCUGUCGAGUAUGAUCAACUAUGCCGAGCCCGUCAAGUUCCAAGGGUUCGACGUUGCAGAAGAGAAGAACAUCCAUCACAACAUGUCCUCCUUCGCCGAAACUGCAGCUCUGGGCUACCUCAAGUCGCAGGCGAUCGAGUUCGUCAACUACAACAAACGUCAAAUGAGUCGAAUCUACCCCAAAGGAACUCGGGCUGAUUCAAGCAACUACAUGCCACAGAUCUUCUGGAAUGCUGGAUGUCAGAUGGUCGCCCUCAAUUUCCAGACCUCGGACCUGCCGAUGCAGCUGAACCAAGGGAAAUUCGAGUAUAAUGGAGGAUGUGGAUAUCUUCUGAAGCCAGACUUCAUGCGACGCAGUGAUAAAACCUUCGAUCCUUUCGCCGAAUCCCCGGUAGAUGGCGUCAUAGCUGCGGAAUGCUCGGUGCGCGUCAUUUCGGGCCAGUUUCUCUCGGACAAGAAAGUGGGUACGUACGUCGAGGUGGACAUGUACGGUUUGCCCACCGACACCAUCAGGAAAGAAUUCAGGACUCGCAUGGUACCUGCCAACGGACUCAACCCUGUCUACAACGAGGAGCCCUUCGUCUUCAGGAAGGUGGUUCUUCCGGACCUAGCCGUGCUAAGAAUAGCAGUCUAUGACGAAAACGGCAAAAUGCUGGGUCAACGUAUUUUACCUCUGGAUGGUUUGCAAGCAGGCUACCGCCAUGUGUCUCUGAGAACAGAAGGAAAUUUCCCAUUGUCUCUGGCUAUGCUGUUCAUCUGCGUUGAGUUGAAGAUUUAUAUUCCAGAUGGUCUAGGAGACUUGAUGGACGCCCUGUCCGACCCCCGUGCCUUCCUGUCGGCUCAGGAGAAGCGCAUGGCACAGAUGAAGGCCAUGGGCAUCGAGGAGGCUGAUGUCCAGACCAGUGACCUCAAACUGGGGAGCGUCAAAGCUGGAAACAAAAAAGAUGAUGACAAGAAAGAUGAUUGCAAGUUCGAUCCGAUCACCAAAGAGACCUUGAAGAAUCACAAGGUGUUUCAAAAGCUGAGGCGGAAGCAACUGAAGGAGUAUAAUUCCCUGCUUAAGAAGCAGCAGAAGGAGAAAGGCGCUGUUCAGAAGAGUCAGUGCGGUGCCAUCGAGAAGUACCUUAGGUCGAACAAGCCGGCGGACGUCCUAAAGGAUCCGAAACUGAAGGAGACGGUGAUCAAUCAAGGACAGCAGUGGUCGGAGCUGGUUGAGAAGCAUCAGAAGGAAGAAUGGGAACUACUGAAGACCCAUACCGCCCAGCAGGGAGAGAUCCUCGAAAAGCUCAUGAACAUCGAGCAUCUGAAGCAAAAUAGACAACUCGAGCAGAAGUUUGACAACGACAACAAAGAGAUGAAGUCGAAGCAAGCCAAGAUCUCGGUGGAGACCGCCAAAGAAGUCGCCAACGACAAAGCGCUCCGGAACAAAGCAGAGAGGGAGAGGCGCCUUCGUGAGAAGAACAGUAACAACACGAAAAAGUUCAUCGAGGAGCGGAAGGCCGCGGCCAUGAAGCAAAACAAGGAGAGGAACAAGCUGACCAAAGCCCACGACAAGCAGCACAGCGAGCUCACCAAGAACACGCAGCUGGAUGUGGGUGGUUUUGCGAAUGCCGAAGUUGAGUUCAAGCUGGCGGACAAGAAGAUGUUUGUGGUGUGAACUGUCUGUGAAAGUACUUGGAAGGAGAAGUACUCGAAAAUAUGCGAAUUAUUAGCAGAGUAAAAUUAAAAAAUUGAAACUCGGAUAUG